AUGUUUGAACAGAGUUGUUUUGGUCAUCUCCUAGGGAUUGAGGACCUCAAGUGGACUUCUCCGAUUGUCCACGGGUUGCUGCUCAGUAAAGCUGAUCCCAAGACAGUUUCCCAACUGAACGGGAUCAAAUUCAUUGUUGGCAAGAAGGUCAUCCAAUUCACGGCGCAGCAAUUUUGCAUCGUGACAGGGCUAAGGUUUGGAAACCUUCCCUUUAUUCCGAUUCCCACAAAUGAGAACUGCUCAUUGAAACGGAAGUACUUUGCCAACGAUAAAACUGUGAACCUGUUGGAAUUAGAAAAGGCCUUCCUCGAAUGCGAUGAUGUGGACGAUGUAUUCAAGCUUGGAUUCUUAUACUUUGCUGUCUUUGUUCUGUUGGGCAGCGAAAAACAUGUCCACAUUGACAUGCGAUAUUUGAAGUUGGCGGAAGACCUUGAAGACUUUGGGAAGUAUCCAUGGGGUGCUGUGUCUUAUGCGAAGACAAAUGA